AUGUGGGUUCAACAUGCUUCCACGGAGAUCAAUCAGCGCAGCAGAUAUCCCAUGGUGAUCUGUGUCUGUUCAGUGAUCGUCUUGGCCACGAUCACUGUCGUUGCUCUCAGAGCCUACGAUCGGGCACACAGAUCAAGACAUUUUCGUAUAGACGAUUGGACUACUUUCACUUCUGCGACGCGUCUUGGGCUAGGAUUACCGCUCGAGCUGCGUCCGACCGAAGAUCUUCACGAAUUCACUCUGGUCAUUACAUCGUCUAUACCAACCUUGAACGCCAUGUUCUCUGGUCUCUGGAAAUCGGGCGCUUCUGCUACUAAAAAAUGCCACAGUACAGAUAGAUACUGUGAGCUCCCGGGUACUGGCAGCGGGCAUGAUGACGCGGUAAAACUCGUUGGUAUCACACGCAAGACGGAUCUCGUGAUGAGAAGUGAGGUGAUGGAAGGUGGCUUCCAAGAAAGCAGCACCAGACAUGAUUGGUAA